GCAAUGGUGAUCGGUAGGAGCAUCAAGGUACAAUGUUAAAGGGACGGGCGGCGCCGGUGAAGGAUCAGAUCAGGCCAUCCAACCCAUGCGAUUCUAGCCCCCAAGCAGCUAAAGUCACCACCAUCUCCACCAUCCCGCCAGCUGAACGAGUCACGAUAGUACAAGGACCAGCUGAUCGUUUGCCAGCUUUCUCUUUCUUUCCUUGUCCAUUGAUCCUGUUUCGUAUUUCAUUUGCUUCUUGGUGUCUCGCAAUCGAUUGGAUUGAAGGGAAUACAGAGCGACGCAUUCCUGGUUGCUGGCUCGCACUGUAGCGUCACCCUUUCCUUGUCGUCUGCCCCGCCGCAGUACUUGGUUGACAUUCACACCAACGUCAGCGCGCUUCUUCAACCGGCCAAGUAAAGAUGACAUCUUACGGCGACGACGGCUACGACUACGAUCGACGGCGCCGACGCUCACCGCAGGGUUACCACGACACCUACCGGCGCCAGCAGUAUCUCAACCCUGGUGGUGGCGGCGGCUUACAACGUUCCCGCUCCCAAGGACAUGGUCCGACGCCGAACAUUUACAUCUACAACGAUCAGGUGCAGGAUGCCAACCAGCGCGCCAGCUCACCAGGUCUCAUGCCGAUACCCGUCCCCGCUCCCGCACCACCCCAAGCGUACCCACAAGCAUAUCCGCAACCGUAUCCGGUAGCUGUACCGUAUCCGGCAUCACCCGAGAUGCGUGGUCGCAGACACGAUCUCGUCGAGGACCUUGCCGAAAUGGCGAUACUGGAAAAGGUUGGCGUCGGUCGCUCGCGGUCCAGAGGGCGAUCGGACGUCGCCUUGGUCGAUCGUCCAGACUUCUACGAAUGGCGCUUGGAGCAGAAGGAGCGCGAGUUGGAGGAGCAGAAGCGGCGGCAGCUAUGGGAGAAGGAAGCUGAGUUACGCCGCAUGAGGGAUGAAGCGAGGCGGCAUAAGGCCGAAGAAGACGCCGAAGCGGAGAAGAAGCGCAUCAUCUCCGAUUGGGAAGAUCGCAAGCGCAAAGAAGCGGCCGCCGCAAAAGAUGCGGAAAUCAAAGCCAUCGAAAAGAUGGAGCGGGAGAGGAAGGAAGCGAAGGAGGCGGAGGUCCGAGCGCUCGAGAGAUUGGAACGGGAUAAGAGAGAAGCGAGGGAGGAAGAGGAGCGCAUCCGAGAUAAGAUUGAGCGGGAGAAGAUCGAAGCGAAGGCGAAGAAGGAGCGGGAACGUCAGGAAUUCUUGCGAGAGGAGUGGGAGAGAGCGGAGAAGAAGAAGGCCGAGGCGAAGGCGGAGAAGGAGAAGUUGGAGCACGAGAUGCGGAAGCGGUUGGAGGCGUUUGGCGUGUACAGCCAAGCACAGAUCGACUUCAUGGUGAGCGAAGAAUCUGCCAAGAAGUUGAAGGAGGAGCGAGAUCGCCCGAUAGGGCGGGUGGGCCAGAUUGAGCUGUGGAAACCCGUGCGGCCCGUGUACCCAAAGGUGCAUCGCGAUUAUCUUUCGGUUGACACCUUGAUAUACUACGACAUCGAGUACGAGAUUGACCGCGCCGACCCAAACUAUAUCAUCAUCCGUCGCGAGAUGGAUAGGUACGAAACGGAGGUCCUGUUCGAGCACACGAGGCGCCUGCGAGCCGGCGACCGGAAGUUGUUGAUUGAGGCGCCGAAGAAGGAGAAGAAUUAUGCCUGGUAUAGAAAGCGCGACCGCAGUUCGAGUAGGGUGCGGCAGGUCGGAAUACUGGAGGUCAAGAAGAUUAUAUGA